AUGCAGAACAUCAAAGAGUACUUCGAGAACAUGAAGUCUAAGGGUGGUUCAUCGUCCUCGUCCUCUCAACCUGUCCCUGAAAGUCCCAUUCCGGCUCAUGUUGAACUCCCUACUAAUCUGGAGUCUACUUCCACUGGGGAUGCUCAGCCGGUCAUAGAUGCCAUUGAGCCCGGAGAUCAGCCAGAUCAAAAACGGAGAAAGGUUACUACAUUCAGAUCUGAGCACCAGGAUUGGGAGACUCUGUGGACCACAGAGUGGAAAAAUCAGCAACCACAGACUGUGGUUGCUGAUUUUUCCACCAAGCCUUUUGUUGGCCGGCUAGUAAUCAAGACUCAGCAGCCGGGGCGUAAGGCUGCUAGUCAUGCGAACGAUCCGGCCCAUAAAGCCCUUGUCACACGUGCCGACGUUGCCGCUGGCACUGGGCAUUAUAGGAAUGCUGGUGAGCUUAUGAGGGCAGUCGCGUCAAAGACAAAGCUCGACCAGUUGAGUACCGAGAAAGAGGGUAUGAAGCUGUACAUUGAGGCUCUAUUCUACUUGGUUAAGGAAGAGAUUCCUCAUACCACGAACGACCUUCGCGGCAACAAGGCCUCUCAAUGCCACCUACCGGUCCACUACGACAAGCACCGAUGUUAUAGACUCCAUUAA